GUCCCAGGCAUCUCAAUUCGUCGACUCAGACACAAGUCUUGGUGUUUAAGUUCGAAUUGAAAGUGUUGGUCGCUAGCUCACUGUGAAGGAAUCGUCAUAUAAAAGAUGGCUGUUUUUGUCACUUCUUACCAUGCGACAUGUAGCAUCUAGAAGUCUCGCCUAACAAACAGCUGAGACACGUGAGACCUGAGUCUCAUUUACCGAUGGGAGUAAACAAUACAAACGAAGCAGCAGUGCAUAGUCAUUGGGAGAGUGGUGAUAUCACGGCUGCUCAAUUCAGAAUUGCGUCCUCUGACAAAGGUCGCGGUCAGCGUGUUUGACCGUAGCAGAUUUAAAAUGGCUUUCUACAUAUAUAAUAGGUGCUUUGCGUACGCAUUCAAGUCAUCAAGCCUCGAAGCGACUACAGCCCAUAAGCCACAUUCUUUCUCAAAGAAUUUAACACGAUGUCGAUUACAACGGGUGCCACUGCAAAGACCGCUUACCUCGAAUCUACCGGCGAGAAGGACCCAUACAAAUACCAGGUUGGAUUCGGAAACUGGUUCGCGACUGAGGCAAUUCCUGGAGUCCUCCCGAGUCAAAGCCAUCCUCAGAAGACCAAGUACGACUUGUACACAGAGGGAGUCACUGGUUGGGCUUUCACCGCUCCGCGGGCUGAAAACAAACAGACCUGGUUGUACCGUAUCCAACCAUCCGUCUCCCAUGAUGGCUUUACCGUUGGCAAGCAAAACCCUUACCUUGUAUCUGACUUCACCAGUGCCAAUCCGCAUGUUCAUAUCAACCCCACCCAAGUCGCCUGGAGUCCGAUCGACCUCCCCUCUAAGAGUGAGAAGGUCGACUUCAUCGAAGGGUUGAAGACCUUAGGAGGCAUUGGCAGCUCACGUCUACGGGAUGGUUUGGCCACUCACUUUUAUGCCGCCAAUUCUUCGAUGCAAAAGAAGGCGUUUGUCAAUAGCGACGGCGAUAUUCUGAUCUUUCCAGACACCGGUCGUUUGGACAUUCAGACUGAGAUGGGAAGGCUGAUGGUUCGUCCUGGAGAGCUCGUUGUCAUUCCGGGCGGUAUCAAGUUCAAGGUCUCUCUUCCUGACGGGCCUUCUCGUGGUUUUGUCCAAGAAAUUUAUUCCACUCACUUCGUGCUUCCCGAACCCGGCCCACUGGGUUCUAGCAGUCUUGCCAAGGUCCGUGACUUCGAGCACCCUGUUGCUAGUUUCGACAUCGACCAGUCGAACUGGGAAAUCGUGUACAAGAUCGGGGGUCAGCUAUUUACGUGCAAGCAGGAUCACACUCCGUUUGAUGUCGUUGCCUGGAACGGGAACUAUGCGCCUUACAAGUAUGCCUUGGAGAAGUUUAUUGUGGUCCGCAAUGCCAAUAAGGACCACGCUGAUCCUUCCUCUCUUUGCGUUUUGACCGCAAAGUCGAAGAUUCCUAAUCAGCCUUUGGUGGAUAUCUGUGUGAUAGCACCUCACUGGGAUGUCACAGAUGCGUAUCGAGGCCCUUACUUCCAUCGAAAUACCGCUGCCGAACUUGUUGGAAUCGUCGCCGCUCGUGGUGAUGGCGGCUGGCGACCUGGUUUCGUUCCUGGCAGUCUGACCUAUCAGUCAGGCUUCGCUCCUCAUGGAUCACCUACGGAUGAGCACAAAAUGUUUGUGGAGGCGAAGUUGGUGCCAACGAGGGCAUUUGAGGACACUUACGGCUUUGUCAUUGAGCCAGUCUCUACGUUGCUUCUCACUGAUUGGGCCCUCAAAGCACCCCAGUUCCGAGAACAAAAUGUUGGCCUGUGGAAGGGAUUGAAGCCAGCGUUCCUGGAGCACAUUGACCAAGUCAAUGCUGACUUGAAGGCCGCCGGACUGCCGAUUCUGGGUCAAGAUAAUUGACAUGGUUCGCGCAACGACACCCACAUAGAGUCCAUAGACAUGUCCCCGCCAGUACCAAUCAUUAGCUGAAUCUUGUUUGUAUUUGUAUACUGCUCGGUGCAUUGUAACCUCGAUUGUGAUUUGGCAAUAUUAGCAAGGACGCGAAAGCCGGAGGUCUACCAUCUGAGAAACCCGAACGAAGAAAUAAAUAGUCGUCAU